GUAUUCUAUGUAAUUUUGUUCGUUUCAUCUGGGUGGUGAGUUAAAGUUCAUUGCAGGCCAUGCGAAAAUUAAAUUUUUUUUCAGUUAACCUCAAUGUUCAUCAAACUAAUUUUAUAGUAUUCUGAAAAUUCGUUAUUUAAUGCUAGCAUCACGCAAGGAGGAAAGUAGAACUGUUUUCUUGGAAGACCAGUGAUAUGUUAUUGCAUAUACGAUUCAAAUGAAGAACAAUAAAAUGAAAUGAAUAACGUUCAUAAACAAUCGAUAAGUAAUCAUAAGUAAAAAAGGGUAGCCUUGAAGCUGAAACUACAUAGCAUGCGAAAGCUUAUUUUACCCAUCUGUCAAAGAUACGCAGACGCUUACGUGUGCUUUGUAGUUCCAGCUUAAAGAAGAGAGUAAAUGCUGUUAACAUUCGAGUGUUUCGAAUUUUAUGAGCAUUGCAAAAACAUUUUUGAGAUUGUUAACACACAUGGUUAUGGAAGGUAGUUAUAUGUAGUGCCAUUUCGGCAUAAAAUGACCUUGUGACAAGUGAUAAACUUCAGAUAAACGAUAACUUUGGGUGCGAGUGGUUGUUCUUUCUCUGUGAGUGUUAUUAUUACGAUACCAAUUAAACACAAGUGAAAAAUAUGUAUGUCACCAAAUAAGUGUAUAUUUGGAAAAUAUACUUAAAUAAAGUCAGCAUAAACAAGUUGCUAUAAAUGACAAUAUAAGAUAAAUAAUUGUAAUUAUACACACAAACAGAUUAUAACUUCAUUCAGAUGCAAAAACAAUGGAAGGUAAUAAAUUCACUUGGAAAACUUAAAGGAUAAAAACGAGAGUUAACAAGUAAGCAAUAAAUCGGCUUCCUACAAACAUGUAAUAUCGCUUCAGUGUCUAUCAGUGAGAUCCAGCGUAAUGCAUUUAAAUUAAAUUAAAUUAUUCAGAGUGCAAGCGUCGAACUUGCUUGUCAAUCAAGUGGAAGUGAAAACCAAACUAGGUGUGUCUAUGCAUGUUCGAAUAAACAAAAAAAAAAAACAAUUUCGUUUUGCUAGCACUGGCGUGGUUUUCAAGGAGAAUAAAUAAGUGUUAGUGUAGUCAUCUGUGACUUCGGGAAAACAAAAAGCCGCCCCAGAGGCUCUCAGUAGUCAUCUUAACAUCGCCGGGAACGCUAGCAUGCCAGGGUCGUGUCAACGUCUCCGUCUACCUUCUUUGGCGACGGUGAUGCGUACAACACGCGCUUCUACCACCGACUAUACGGCCACUACUAUACGCAAAGAACAGCGACGGGUCGUCAUGAUGGGCGCUGCACGUGUCGGCAAGACUUGCAUCGUUUCACAAUUUCUCUAUGAUAAAUAUCAAGCACGCUACAAGCAAACAGUGGAGGAGUUGCAUCGUGGCGAAUAUGAGCUGCCCGAUGGCUCGGCCUUAACGUUAGAUAUCUUAGAUACAUCCGGUUCGUAUGAAUUCCCUGCAAUGCGUACUUUGUCGAUAUCCACAGCGGGCGCCUUCAUUUUGGUGUAUGCGGUAGAUGAUAAGCAAUCAUGGCUUGAGGUGGAAAGGCUAAGGAAACAGAUAAUUGCAAAGCGUGGGCUCAAAGUUCCCAUUGUUAUCGUUGGUAAUAAGGUGGAUAUAAAUGAAGCCGAUCGUCAGGUGGAACAUGAGGUGACUGAAAUGAUUGUGUGUGAAGAUUGGAAAUGCGGCUACGUCGAAUGUUCGGCUAAAGAUAAUAUGGGCAUUGUGGAGAUUUUUAAAGAGUUGUUGGUACAAGCAAAUAUUCGCUACAAUCUCAGUCCGGCUGUGAGGCGACGAAGACAAUCAUUACCAUCCUAUAGCUGCGCAGCAGCGGGUAUGACACGUGCCACUAAAAGUCCAUCACAUAAGUACACAUUAAAGCGUCACUCAUGCACUAUGACAUAAAGGGCAUGCAGCGAUGUAAUGAAGCCAAUUUCGACGGGAAUUAAUUCCUGAUUUUUUGGAGAAAAUUAUAUAAUAAAAGGUUAACCCUUUUAUAGUUUGGCAGUGAAUCCGUCAAUAGUAAAAUACUAUACAUGAGAUAUAUUAUACAUAUAUGUGACAAAAAACAUUCAUAUACAUAUACAUAAAUCGAGGAUAUUCUGUAAACAGAUUUUUGAAACUGUCGAUGCGUUCGCAUCUGAUGAGGACGGUGAAAAUAUUUCUAAAAAUAACACAACUCCCUUUAGAGUUUUCUUCGACAAUGAGAAUACAUAGGCGUGCGGUGUAUGUAUUUGUACAAGUAAUACAUAUAUUACCGCAUACGUCCAAAUGCUAUAUAGUAAAGAAAAAAAAAAAAACAAUAUGUAUCAAGAAGUAUGUUCGCUUAGCAUGAGACUUUAAACUAACAUAAAACAAUAAGGAAACGCCAAAUGAAAAAGUUCGCGAAAAAAUGCACCGAGAGAAGUAUUUUUGGAAAAAGUGAUAUUCGUUUUUUAUGUAAUAUAUUUAUUAUAUACGGAUUUGUGUAUACAUGAUUAUAUAUGUAGAACAACUAAACCAUAUUGUUAAAGAUUUAUAGUAAUUUAUACAAGUGUACAAUUUGUAGGAUUAAAAUGUUUAAAGUCCUCAAUUAAAAACAAAAUUGAAAUUCUUUUACAUUAAAAUCACUUCAAAAUAUAUUUAUCAAUAUAAUUUGUGGAAAGUAUUAUAUCAACUAUAAACUAAUCAACUACUGUUAUAUAUGUAUGUAUGCAUACAUACUUACAAGCUCACAUAUGUACAUCCAUGUCAGUACUUUGAACGUUUUAGUGAAAAAGUUCAUGUAGUUGUGGAUAU